AUCGGAGAUAUAAGCCCUGUGACAAGAUGCUCAGCUCUCCCCUACUGCGACUGAGCUGCGGAGGAGGAGUUUGAUGUAAUCACGUCCAGCCAGAGGACAUUCAACUCAGGGUGUAUAAGCGUACCGUAGACCUAUAGGAAAGGUACUGUUAUCAAACACAGAAGCAGAGAGCGAAGACCCGCUAUACAUUCUGUCCGAUUUUUUGUUCCAUAACGUCAUGAACACGUAACGUCAGACAGUAGGCUAGCCCUAUUUUUUUUCUUUUGUCCUUUGCUAGGCUACCGUCUUUUCCUGCUGUUAUAUAAUGCUCGCAGUCAUUCAGAAUGUGGUACAAAAGUGAUGAAGAUGGAUAUGAAUCCAAUAAAACAGGCUCCAGUAGUGGUGGCUGUCCAGGAUGGGUCCAUGGUCAGGAAUCAGUCUGGUAUAACAACCCACCUGGGCCUGGGAACAAUAUAUAUGGUGGGCGCCGACUCAGCACGGUGUCUGACAGUGAUACUGGCAUUGGCACUUACUGCUCUGACAGCGUGGAAGAUGACUCCAGUUCCAGUACCGCACCUUUAUCUUUACAGCCACUGUUCCAGCAUCACCUGGGCCAAGAUGAUGAUGUUAUCCCUAUUGCCCAUACCAUACCAUCCCCACCCUCCUCACCGUACACCAGUUUUAGAAUCCCAGCCAGUACCACAAGAUACCAGCUGUUUACGCCAGCCAUAUCACCUGUGGGUGCUCCAAGCACCAAGGACAGUCAGCCUGUCCGGAGGUGGUCUUCUCUCACCAAGUUGUCAUCUGGGGCUGAUAUGAACUCCACAAGGACAUCAGGCCAUCAAUACAACCCAGAUUCACUAGACACCCUGGACAGAGGUCUGCUAUAUGGGUACAGAAAGGAACCCCUUUCUUCAAAUGUUGACCUUUAUCUACCUUUAUCUUCUUCCUUGCUCUGCCAUAGCUUGCUGCAGCGCUCACCGGGUUCUGGUCCCUUCUACCAGUACAAGCAGAGCAGUGCUACUUUGGAAACAGACCUGUCCCUUUCUUCAGCUCUGUCCUCACCAGUGAAACACAACAGUCUGGACAUGAACUACAGUGCUUUACCAGAAACUAAACUGGCUCGAGGAGAUGGACAGGUGUAUAGCCUCAGCUUACCCAAACAAAUGGACUCACUAUGUCAUCAGACUGACAGAAGCUCCUUGAUUCAGACUGCACUUCGCACGCAGAUGUGGCUGACUGAGCAGAUGGAGUAUAGGCCCAAAGUUGAGCAUGGAAGUAAACUGGGUCAGAUCAACACAUAUACUGCAAGAAAGUGCUGUGAUCAAGGUGAGCUGUCGCCAAGGCAACGGGGACAUCAGCAGGAAGCAGGGUUUACAAAGAUGGUAGUGGGGACCUCCCUUCCUGUCAAAACUCUGAUGAAGGUUAAAGAGGAGCUGCUUAGACAAAGAGAACUGGAGAUAGAUAGACAAAAGCAGCAGAUUUUGCAGCUCUAUGUCCGCAUCAGAGAGAAUGAGCUCAGAGCACAGCAGGUCCUGCAAAGCCAGAAAGGAUGGUUUGACAGCUCCCACAUUCCAAAUGCUAAGGAAUCAGUGAUGAAAAUACAGAGAAAACAGCAAUCUGCAGAAGUACUUGGAAGGAAGCUUGAAGUUGCUGAACUCGAAGUACUCCGUUUGAAUGAGUUCUUCAAGCAAGUCACACAAAAAUAUACAGAAGACGUGAGAAAACUGGAUGAAAAGAUAAAGACAAGGGAUUGCUACAUCAGUAGUCUGAAAAAGAAGUGUCAGAGAGAGAGCAAACAGAAUCAAGAAAAACAGCAACGCAUAGAGACUCUGGAGAAAUACCUUUCAGACCUACCUACAAUGGAUGAGGUGCAGGUCCAGUCCCGGCAGCAGGAGAAGAUACGCAAGAAAGCUGGGGAUCUGGAGAAAAUUAUGUGUCGCUUACAAAAGAGCAUAGAUGCAGGAUGUGCUCUGAUGAAGGAGAAAAACAUCAAGAUUGAGAUGCAGGCCAAGAGAGAGAAGGAGCUUAUUUCAUCUGUACACAGUCUACAGAAGAAGGUCCAGCAGUGUUUGGAUGAUGGGGUGAGGUUACCAAUGGUGGACCUGAAGCAGCUUGAGGUGGAAAACACUCAACUUCUAGAGCAACAAGACCACAGCAGCAAGCUGAUUGACCAUCAAAAAGAACAGAUUGAAAGACUGACCUUGCAACUAACGGCCACCAAUACAAGACUGCAAAUGAAAAGAGGCCUUCCUCAACGGCAAUGUACAGGUUCCUAUCUGCUAGAAAAGGAGGAAAGCCUGGCCACCACAUCCAGAGCCUUCCUACAGCAGUGGCAGGUGGAUGAAGGGCUGUUGGUGCAUCCUUUAUCCCAUGUGGAGAUACCAGAGGUGGGCCAGCUUCUGAAAGAGAUGUCCUUAUGUCUACUGGACCUCCAGGCUCUCUGCAGCAUCCUGACUCAAAGAGCACAGGGGAAAGAGCCCAACCUGUCGCUGCUUCUGGACAUUAAAUCAUUAAGUGUUUCAGGGCAAGAGAGUGACUGCAGAGACAUGGUGGAAGAAGAACUGAGGUUCAAGCUGCAGGAGGUCAGCGAGCUGAGGAAAGACAUUGAUAAGCUGAGAAAAAGCAUCUCAGACCGCAGUGCCCAGUAUAUGGAUGAUAGCUGUGUAUCACAGUGACACCCAGUAACACCUUGCAUCUCUGAUGGCAGUAUGUGUAUACAGCACUUUACAAUAGACUACAACAAUAGACUACAACAAAAUGUGAGUGGUUAUGAGGGAACAAGUGAGGUAUUCAAGAAAGAUAUGAUAAAUGAUAAAGAGCUAUUGAGUAAUUCCUGAAUAACUGUGAUUCAUAGUAAGUAAUGAUGAGUUAAUGGGAGAUCGUAUUUAUUGAAUCAUUAAAUAAUGAUUACUUCAAAGGUACUUGUAAAUCUACAUACUGACCAUUUUCUUCAUGAGUGGCUCCUGAUUAUCUCUUAAUCAGCAAUCAGUGGUCCACUCGCAGAUACCACUUGUCUUUGUUGUCUGUUCCCUCCAAUUUUAAUUGUUUCUAUCUCCUUGUAUAGUUGAUUUUCCUUUCUCUUGGGCUUGUUUUGUUGAUUCUUGGAUUUCGAUUGUUUUCUCAUCUCGCCUUCUACCGUUUAAUCCUGUUAAUUUCUGUUGGAAAUUUUACACCUUCCAGCCUUUGCCUGCUUUUGUCCCUUUUAGUAAGUGUAUCAAAAUCUCCUUUGUCAUUUUACCACUCGUGUCCUGUCUGCAUUUUGGUUCCUCCAUCUUUUUAACAAACUCUUUAGCUCAGUAUGAUAUGUUACUUAAGAUAUUCAUGACAUAAUCAUUGCAUAACGAUUCAUUAAAAUAGUAUAGUAAGCAGGGAGGGACUCACAGCUCUGGCUACCAAUCUGAAGAGAUACACAUGAGAAGCAGAAGUUAGGGGAUUAAACAGGAUGUUCUCUGCCUAACCAUCCAAAGUGUACUCCCAGUGGGAGGGCAAUAAGAUGAGAACAGAUCCACCUAGGGCUGAGACUGAACAGUAGUGGAAGAACAUAUGGGAGAAGGACGCAUCACAUCAGUGCUCAUUGGAUAGUGGGUCUAAGAGCAGACCACAGCAAUUUCCCACAACAAGACCCAGUCACAGUGCCAGGCCCUGAUAUGAUCCACACGUACUGGCUAAAGAAGCCAAGUGCACUCUAUAAGUGCCUCUAUAAGCAGCACAAAUGAACCAGCUGCUGAUGGGCGGGACUCACCCACAGUGGCCAACACAAGAAAGGACACAACAUGGAAGUUCCUGUCAGGCAUUACAGUGGCUAAAAUAAGUAGGUACAUGGAUCCGUACAUGAGUGGGGCACAGUGGGAAAUUGCUAGCAACACCAGGGGAGCCUGGAUUGGCUACAAGAAAGCCUACGACUCAGUGCCACACACGGAUACUGACAUGUCUGGAAAUGUACAGUACAACAUCAACAGGACACUAAGAGCCUUCAUAAAGAACUCAGUGGGGCUGUACAAGACAACUCUAUAGGUCAACUCAAAGCCAACUGCACAAAUCACGAUUAAGUGCGGCACAUACCAAGGUGAUGACCUAUCCCUGUUGCAUCAUCACAAAGAUCCAGGAAUACAUUAGAAAGAUGGAGCUUAGAGGUGAACUGCCAAGUGAAUACCUCAUGCAGCAGAAAUCUGGCAAUGAUGAGGAGAAAGAGGAGGAAUCAUCAUGGAGGUACAAGACCUUCCACAGCAUGUACCACUGACAGAUAGAAGAAGUGGUAGAUAUCAAGAAAUCCUACCAAUGGCUGGAAAAGGCUGGAUUGAAGGACAGUACAGAAGUGCUAAUCAUUGCAGCACAAGAACAGGUACUCUAUCUGUCUAUCACACCAGACAGGACCCCAGGUGCAGGCUGUGUGAUGCCCCUGAGACAUUUCAGCACAUAACAGCAGGGUGUAAAAUACAGACAGGGACAGUGUACAUGGAACGCCAUAACCAAGUGGCUAGUAUUGUCAUGCCUGGUGUUUUUUGUUAUGCUUUGUCUUUUGAUUUCAGUCCAUGUGCCAUGUUUUAUGUUUGUCUUGUCAUGUAUUUCCAUGUUUUAUGUUCAAGGGUGUCAUGUCCUGUUUU